AUGGGAGUGCGAGGAGAGAGUGGGAGUGCGAGGAGAGAAUGGGAGUGCGAGGAGAGAAUGGGAGUGCGAGGAGAGAAUGGGAGUGCGAGGAGAGAAUGGGAGUGCGAGGAGAGAAUGGGAGUGCGAGGAGAGAAUGGGAGUGCGAGGAGAGAAUGGGAGUGCGAGGAGAGAAUGGGAGUGCGAGGAGAGAAUGGGAGUGCGAGGAGAGAAUGGGAGUGCGAGGAGAGAAUGGGAGUGCGAGGAGAGAAUGGGAGUGCGAGGAGAGAAUGGGAGUACGAGGAGAGAAUGGGAGUGCGAGGAGAGAAUGGGAGUGCGAGGAGAGAAUGGGAGUGCGAGAGAAUGGGAGUGCGAGGAGAGAAUGGGAGUGCGAGGAGAGAAUGGGAGUGCGAGGAGAGAAUGGGAGUGCGAGGAGAGAAUGGGAGUGCGAGGAGAGAAUGGGAGUGCGAGGAGAGAAUGGGAGUGCGAGGAGCAGUGAACGUGGGCGGGCUGGAGAACAUGCUGCAGGUGCUGCGAGAGACGGCGUCGCUGCAGCGCCUCGUGUACGUGUCGUCAUUCUUCGCGCUUGGCCCCACCGAUGGUGCCAUAGGCGACUCCUCGCAGGAGCACACGGGGCGGGACUUCUGCACGGAGUACGAGCGCACCAAGUGGGUGGCGGACAAGGUGGCGAGGCGGGCGGUGGAGAGCGAGGGGCUGCACGUGGUGCUCGUGUACCCGUGUGUCAUCUAUGGUCCUGGCCGCAUCAGCGCCUCCAACCUCGUCGUCAAGAUGAUCGCGGACCACUUCCAGGGCCGACUACCAGGGCUGUUGGGCAGCGGCACGCGCCUCAACAACUUUGUCCACGUCAACGACGUGGUUCUCGGGCUGCUCGCCGCCCACCACCGCGGCACGCCCGGGCGGCGCUACAUCCUGGGCGGCGAGAAUGCGUCCAUGGUGCAGCUGUUCCAGGCCGUGCAGCGCGCCACAGGGAAGGCCCCCCCGCGGCUGCGCCUGCCGCUGUGGCUGGUGGCGGUGCUGGGGUGGGUGUCGGUGCUGGUGGCGAAAAUGGGCGGACCCAUACCCAUCUUCACUCAUCAGUCAGUGCGCGCAUUCAACCACGACUGGGCGUACAGCAGCCAGCAGGCACAGCAGGACCUCGAGUACUCGCCGCUCUCGCUGGAGGAGGGCCUUCGAGACACACUCACGUGGAUGCGUGCCUUCUCGCCCCUCUUGCUGGAGGAGGCUUGGAGACACGCGCAUGUGGAUCCGUGGGCAGUGCACGUGCGACUGCAGCAGGCAGCAGGCAUGGGAGGUGCUGGGUAA